CUGCUCACGGUCCACCACCGACUACGACCCCUUGCUUGCGACAGGAGGCUAUGCUAUCUAUCUCCUUCUUCCCGCCACCGCCACCCUCCUCCUCUGCCUCGCUCGCCGCCUGUCCGCCUCCUGGGCCGUGACGCCGACGUAGGACCCGGUCUCUCCCAGCAGCCGCUUCUCCAUCAGCCGCGGGCAUUUCCUCACCCCGGCGUCCCUCUCCUCGGGCGGCAGCAGGUCGUCUAUCAUCUCCACAGCCUCCCUCUGACGCUUCCUGUUGCCCGCCGCCUCCUGUGCGGUCAGCCUGGCGCAGUUCAUGCCUCUCAUAGUGUGGUCGAUCUGCUGCUGCAUAGCUGCGAUGCGCUUCGAAGCCCGCACAGGAGCGGCUUCCUCGCGGCGCCGCUUGCGGUUGCCCUGGUGGAUGGCAGGAGGUGGCGCGACGGGCGCUGGGGGUGGGGGUGCCAGCCACGGGUGUGCGGAGAGCUGGUCGGCGCUGUAGCGAGAGUCGGGGUUGGGGUGCAAUGCGCUGAAAUGGACAAACAUCAGCGAACAGAAAGAAAGGGGGGGAAUUCAUGAUGUCAGCAUGGCAUUGGCGUGUGUGUGUGGUGUGUGCGUACUGGUAGAAGAAGUCAAGCUCCUCCGGCGUGAUGUUGAGCUGCGGUCGCAGCGCCGUCAUGCGCGCCGCCAGCUCGGCCUUGACCUCCUGCUCCGUCUUGUCCUGGCCACCAACCUGCCCCGGCAGGAUGUCCUCCGCCUGAUCGAGUGCGCCCGCGGGCCACAUCCCUCCGUGCGCUCUGGGCGGGCCAUACACCUCUAUCAUCUCCCGCAGGGCCUCAGCGUCGUUGGCCACGUCCACCGCCUCCCCGUUGACCACCCUCUGAAACGGCGAGCGGCCGUAUGAGGUCCGAAACAACGGCUGGCCCAGGGCGCUGAUGUCGGCCUCGAGGCCGUACUGCAGCCCCAGCAGCACCUCCGUCGGCCGGAAUCCUCGGACCCACUGCACAAGCCGACAAAACCAAGCCAAUGACAGACAACGGCCAUGUGUGGGCGUCGCUUUCUUGCGAUUGCGUGUGUGUCUGUCUGCUUACUGCCUGCGGGUCUUUGAUGGGGUUCCACGGUUCUUCCUCCGCCUUGAAGCACCCCAGGUCGAUGAGGCGCACCAGCCCACCAUCCACCACCACGUUGUCCAGCUUGUGGUCGCGGUAUAUCACUGUAUCCAUCAAACACACACACACGUACACACACACGCGUGAGAAGCUUUGCAAGGAGUGAUCCUGCCUUUUUCCUCUCUCCUCUAUCUGAUGUGGCGGCUCUCCUCACCUCCUGCCCCGUGCAGCGCCGUGUGUGCGUUGACGAGCUGCCUGCUGAUGGCCUUGACCUCCUCCCGCGGCAGUCCGUCCUGUGCGUGGUCGUGCAGCUUCGUGGAGAGCGUGGGGCCGCCGUACGGCAUGAUGAGGUAGGCCCUGUCCUCCUCGGGGUCCUCCACGAAGCCCAACGACGACAUCACAUUGGGACAGUCUUUGAUGUCGGGAUACUCCAUGACCAUAUGUUCAACUGAAUUAAAAAAGGAUCACAUUCAGCGGCAGAUACGUGCAUGUUUCCAUGUUGACGUCGCUUACACUGGAGCACGUUGGCAAACUCGCCGCUAGUCUGCAUCUACGCAAGCACAACACACCAGGCCACGUACCAGAGGAAAUGAGCCAUGUAUGUGUAUGUGUGAGACAUAAGCAACGCACCCACUAAUGCCCCGCUCCCUGUGCCCAUGGACUGCAUGCUUACCACCUUGACGACCAGUUCGGGUCCUCGGGGUAUCUCCUCGGGGUUCUGGAAGCCAUCGAUGUGUGGCGCCUCCCCCUGUGGAUUGGCACGCGCUCGCCAGGUCACUGCGAACCCGCCCGCUCCCAAAUGACUGAUAUCAUUGAAGUUGUUGACGAUGAAGACCGGCAGCUGGUGAGCCUGAGCCAU